GCAUGAUGGACGAGAUUUGCAUCGGGACCUUCAGCAAUUCGAGGAUCAUAAGGCUGUGGCUGCUCGCAUACGUGAUCCUCCUGCUAAUUUUCUGAACACGAUCUGUCAUUCAUCAAAUAUUCAAGAUCCACCGGGGAACUGGCUAUAAAACUUCUGCUCUUCUGGAGCAAACCAUCAGUCGCAUCUGCUUCUUCUUACUAACAUUUAUUUUACAUUUCUUCAAGAUGAGUCCCAAGUCGGGCAUUUUAUUUUUUAUUGUGUUUUGUGCUUGUGUCACGCCAAUAUUCACUCAGAAAUUUUCUAGAAGACCUACACCUAUUUUCAGAGAAAAUAUGCCCGAAUUACUUUUACCGAGCAACGCUUCACUAAUUAGAGAAAAUAUUGUCGACACUUUUUCUUGCGAGAACCGAAUUUACGGGUACUACGCAGAUAUCGAUAAUGAAUGCCAAGUUUUCCACGUGUGCAUGCCCCAAAAUCGUGGCUCGCGUCGUUGGAGUUUUAUUUGUCCUAGUGAAACAGUUUUUAACCAGGCAACAUUUGUAUGCACGAGAAUAAACGAAUCGAUUCCCUGCGAAGAGUCGGAGCAGUACUACGUCCUGAACGAAGAAAUCGGGAAGGAAGAACCGGAACCAGAGAACGAGACCAACGAAGUUGAAGAGAACCCAAGCUCCCAAGAACCUUCCUACGCGCCCGCAAACGGGUACACCAACGAGCUGCCUUCCGUGACACCAUUCUCGAGAAGAAAUCCCAGGCCGAGAGUUCUCCGGCGCAGAGGAAAAAACUCACGGUUUGAUACCACUCAGCCGAAUGUAAUUUCAACGACUCCGCUUAAUUUUUAAUUUUUAAAUAAAAAUUCUUUUGAUUGAAAAUGUUUUUUUCUUUAU